UCAAGAGAAGAUGGCUGUCUAUCUUAACAGUAAGUGUGUUUUAUUAUCUCAUAUUAUUAUUAUUAAGAACAUUUAUUUAUAAGUGAGUCACGGCUCUGAUGCAGUGCUUAAACAGAAUCUCUAACGCUCCAGGUGCUGUGGAUGAUGUAGACUUUUCCGACAUUGUUGAGGAAAUUCAAUUCCUGAACCAUGCGAGAGCAGGGCCGAAUCCGGAGCAUAGUUCAACAUCAGAGCAUGCGUCUCCGUGAGACAGUACGAACAUUCCGCCGCUCAAAGAUUUAUUAAACCUUGUAAACAAGAUCGGCGCAUCUGGAAGCGAAAAUCACACAGUGAAGGCUAGCGGCCGUGGCGUUGCAACAAAGCCAAAAAGACUCAAACAUAAAGCGUUUACGGUCACCCAGGUGCACGCUCCAGUUGAUGGGGGUGUGAGAAAUAUAGAUUUCAUACCACAGAUACCAGAAUAGAAACGGUCAAGAUGUUCACUCAGAGCAUCAGCUGAGUUGGUUGUGGAUGACCAUGUGGUACCCGAUGUAAAUGAUGUUCGGAGCUGGGUUGAUGGACUGAUAGAAUCGUGGGACGCCUGUGCAUUUUCCCAGGUACCUAAAGAAACACAACGGGGUGAUCAAUCCAACGAAGGCGUGGUGUCUGUGGCAGAUUCUGACCCUGAGGCUCUGCCUUCAAAUCAGGAGGCUUACAGACGGGGAUCACUUCCCGUUAUAGACAAUCAACACAUAAUCGGACUGUUACAGGACGGUUUCAAGACCAUUGAGGUAUAUUUUAACGCCAUUGAGGGACAUAGUAAAGCCAUUGAGAGACGUUUCAACAUCAAUGAGGAGCGCUUGGAUACCUUUGAGAAGAAGCAAGAUUAUUAUAAACAGUCUGUGAUGGCCACACUACAAUAACAAGGUAUCUGGAUUAAACAAGUGAUAGCGACGCAUCAUUUGCAUGGUGGGACGAGCCAAUGAGCAGCCUGCAAUCAAAACCUGACAAUGGACUUAUUAAAGCAGGUCGUACUCAUGCUUAAAAAGAAACUCGGGUGAGUUGUAAAAACUUUUUUUGACUGUGUGUUUUUUAUACCAUCUAUUUUUCAACAUUUAUCCCCACUGUAUGUCAUUUUAGUUUGGUUGUAAUAGUUGAUGUUUUCAGUACUGUUUUUGUUUUUACUGUUUGGGUCUAGUUUUAUUUCCUUAGUUGUAUCCUUAGUUAUUUUAAGUGUACACCCCUAAGUGUGGUUUAAAUAAAAAAAGAUCUGAUUUAAAAAUGGCAAAACAUUAUCGGGAGUCAGAUGGUUGUGAUCAGGGGCCAGCAGCUAGGUUUUGACGAUGCGACGACAGUGAGAUCCCCCUUGAACUGUGCAGCAACACAGAAACAUUGCUCUAUUUAAUUCAGACAAUGGAGGAGAUGAAUAGAUCUGAUUCUACAACUGGUACAUUGCUAGAAUUAUUAAACAUUGUGAUAUCAAUGUCAGACGAUCAACCAGAUCCAAAUUCAGCAUUAGACAGUCUUUUCAAUUCUCACCAGGUGGGCGAGGGUACAGAUAACCAUCCAUAUCAUUCAUUUGAUCCUACAGCACCAAAUAUGGGAUUAACACCCACUGAUAUUGACAUGCUUGUAAGAGAGGGUGGUGACAUUGGUUGAUAUACUGUGGUCCCGAGACUCAGAUUCAAUAGUUUGGAGAUACGUCGGCGUAUAAAUCUGCAUGUGAUAUCUGCCACAGACUUAGCAGCCUACGCUAUAUUUUUGCAUGAUAUUUUGUCCGAAAUAGUGUCAUUUUCCAGACUGUUGGCUGGGGAUGACGGGUUAAUUAACAUAACAUUGAGAGGGCCAAGUCUAACCACUGAUGUUAACACUGUCUUGUCACCUAGCAACGAUUACAGUGUGGAUGUCUUCACAAAUCAGAUUGAAAAGAUAAUGUGAAGUAACUCUGAAGUGUGGGUUGAUGAUAGUUUGGAUCUAAAUGUGACUAUAGCAAGGAGUAAACAAGGGGGUGUGUAUCGGGUGUGAUCUUGCCCAUAAUGAAGUGAUCACCAGAAACAGGAUGAAUCUGUUCUGCCCCAUCAACACAUAAAAUAAUCUGUGUUUUGCAAUCUGCUUGGCACAUUUUCUAAACCCUCAAAAACCACACACAGAUCUAGAACCCAUAGCAGUGGCGAUGCAGAAGAUGGCGGGAUAAUUAGAACAGCAUAAGAUAGCAUUUAAUGAUAUCACACGGUUUGAACGGAUGUUACACAUUAAAAUAGUGUUCUUCCAUAAGUCAUGCACAGGUGUGUUGGAGAAGUAUACGUCCAAUGACGCUCAUCAUCACAAGACAGUGUUCUUGUACCUGCACAAUGGCCACUAUUUUAUGAUUAAGAAAUUGAAUGCGUUCAUAGGUACUCCAUAUGUGUGUGACUACUGCUACCAGGGUUUUACUAACCUGAGAUCAUCGUUGCAAAUACGUCUGCGAUAUCUGCAGUGGUCCUGAUUGUUAUAAGUACCCCGUCAAAACAAAGCAAUUCAGUGACUGUUUGCGGUACUGCAAAUCUGACUAUUGUUAUGACGCACAAAAGCAACCACCAUUAGGUCAACACUUUGCACAGUGUGCUAUUACAAAAUGCUGCCAAAAAUGUAAUAGACGUUAUCAUGUCAGUGCCACCAACCCCAAACCACACAAGUGUGCAGCCGAUCGGUGUAUCCAUUGUGGCGAGGAUUUGAUUAAUGACAGUGUACAUCAAUGCUUUAUACAACCAAUAAAGCUCGAGGCACCUAGCGACAAGUACAUAUUCUAUGAUUUUGAGAUGCAAUACGUAAAUGGUAAACACAUUGCAAAUUUCGUUUGUAUCAUUACAUUUAAAGGGGAGGAGUUCACAGCCGCUGGUCCAGACUGUGUAGAACGACUUGUUAAAAGGUUUAGACAUCCACGUUAUCAGAAUUUUGCAUGUGGGGCAACCACAAUGCUUCUGGUUUUGAUAACUUUAUACUUUUGGAAUAUUUCACAAAAACAGGGCUCACACUUAAAAUCAUGAUGCAAGGAUGUCGGAUAAUUUUAAUGUAUGACAACACAUUCAAGCAGCGCUUUAUUGACAGUUAUUCAUUCAUCCCUAUGCGUUUGUCCAUGAUAUCCGCUGCGUUAAAUCUAACCUGCGCAGAGAUAGGUUAUUUUCCGAACAAUUUCAACAGAUUAGAAAAUGAGAAUUAAAUAGGCCAAUUCCCGGACAGGCAUUUCUACGGCUAUGAGGCAAUGUCUGACAAAGAGAGGGCUCUGUUUGAAGAGUGGUAUGUUACAGUAUCAGGUAAAGUGUUUGAUUUUAAAAAAAGAACUUGCUAUGUAUAGCAAGAAUGAUGUCGUUUUGCUCAGGGAUACUUGCAUGAAGUACUGCGAUGAAUUCAUACAGCUUAAAUAUGUUAAAUCAACAUGCGGCGUAGACAUUUAGCAUGCAUUAAACCACGGCGAGAUGGUGAUUGGAAAAUACCAUCUUGAUGGUUAUUAUGAAAAGGACGGUGUAAAAAAGGCUUUUGAAUUCAACGGCUGUAUGUUUCACGAGCAUGAAUGUCCUUAUAAUCCUAACCAUUUAAAAAAAGAACUUGCUAUGUAUGGCAAGAAUGAUGUCGUUUUGCUCAGGGAGGCUUGCAUGAAGUACUGCGAUGAAUUCAUACAGUGUACCAAACUUGAUCCGUUUAGAUGCACCACUUUAGCAGCAUGUUGUAUGGCAGUGUAUAAAACCCACUUCCUACCAAAAGACACUCUAGCUCUGACCCAUAACAACACGUACACCAGUCAGAACAAGACAUACUCAAACAUUUCCAUUGAAUGGCUUAAAUAUGUUAAAUCAACAUGCGGCGUAGACAUUCAGCAUGCAUUAAACCACGGCGAGAUGGUGAUUGGAAAAUACCAUCUUGAUGGUUAUUAUGAAAAGGACGGUGUAAAAAAGGCUUUUGAAUUCAACGGCUGUAUGUUUCACGAGCAUGAAUGUCCUUAUAAUCCUAACCAUUUAAAAAAAGAACUUGCUAUGUAUGGCAAGAAUGAUGUCGUUUUGCUCAGGGAGGCUUGCAUGAAGUACUGCGAUGAAUUCAUACAGUGUACCAAACUUGAUCCGUUUAGAUGCACCACUUUAGCAGCAUGUUGUAUGGCAGUGUAUAAAACCCACUUCCUACCAAAAGACACUCUAGCUCUGACCCAUAACAACACGUACACCAGUCAGAACAAGACAUACUCAAACAUUUCCAUUGAAUGGCUUAAAUAUGUUAAAUCAACAUGCGGCGUAGACAUUCAGCAUGCAUUAAACCACGGCGAGAUGGUGAUUGGAAAAUACCAUCUUGAUGGUUAUUAUGAAAAGGACGGUGUAAAAAAGGCUCUCGAAUUCAACGGCUGUAUGUUUCACGGGCAUGAAUGUCAUUAUAAUCCUAACCAUUUACACCCGUUAUCAAAACUGCCCUAUGGCACACUCAGAAGACAGUUUGAUGAUAAGGUUGAAAUUUUAGCAUGCAUAUGGGUUGGAGGUAGAAGUGAUGUGGGAGUGUGCUUGGAACACUGCUAAACAGACUGAUGUUGAUGUGAUGGCAUUUAUGGCCAGUUACACAUCUUGAAAGAUUGAAACCACGCAACGCUCUAUUUGGUGGUCGUACUAAUGCAUACAAGCUGUAUAAGGCUGACAAUGGUGAAAAAAUAUGAUAUGUUGACUUUACAAGUUUGUACCCCUUUUGCCAGGCCAAGAAAUGCUACCCCAUAGGACACCCCCAAAUAAUUUUCAAGGAUUUUUGAACCUCUUCCUGGAUUUGUCAAAGCCACAGUACUGCCCACAGAAAACUGCUUCACCCCAUCCUUCCCUUAGGACUGGUGGCAAGCUUAUGUUUCCACUCUGCCGUACAUGUGCGGAUCAGCAGAAUCAGACCACCCCGUGUAGUCACACUGAUGAGGAAAGGGCUAUUUCAGGCUGCUGGGUCAGUAUCGAACUGUUAAAGGCUGUGGAGCAGGGUUAUGAUUUAACGAAGGUGGACGAGGUAUGGCAUUUCCCUCAAUGAUCAGAAACCUUGUUUUGUGAUUGUUAAAACAUUUUUACAGUACAAACAAGAGGCCAGUGGAUUCCCCACACACGUUGUGACAGAUGCAGACAAAGAAUCUUACAUCGACGAUUACUUUAAAAAAGAGGGGAUUAAACUGAAUCUUGACAAAGUAAGUCUUAACCCUGCACGCCGGUCUAUUACUAAACUUCUGCUGAACUCACUUUGGGGACGAUUCUUUAUACGCGAAAAUUUGCCAUGUACGGAAUUACUUUCAGACCCUGAACAGUUUGCCCAGCACAUUAUUGGUGAUGAUUAUGACAUUAAACACUUCUCGUUCGUGUCGGACACUGUUGCACUAAUGCAGUGGUGUUAUGCGGACGGGAAAGGUGGUCAGACCCGUGACAUUAAUGUCUUUCUUGGUGCGUUUACAACUGCACAUGCGCGUCUAGAACUGUAUGAACUAAUGGAUAAGUUGGGGGAUAGGCUGUUGUACAGCGACACAGACAGCAUCAUCUUUACUUCUAGAGACGGUGCUUGGGAACCUCCAUUGGAGCCUUACCUCGGUAAUCUGACUGAUGAGGUUGGGGAUGGGGAUCACAUUGUAGAGUUUUGUUCAGGGGGCCCGAAAACAUACGGCUACCGCACUGCUAAGGGUAAGGUCUGCAUGAAAGCCAAGGGUAUCACUCUCAAUGCUGUAAACUCAAAAGCCAUUAGGUUAGACACUCUGAUUGGACUUGUUGAUAACUGUGUCAUGUGGGAAGAUAAUAGUUGGCAUAUACUGGCAUACACCAACACUAUUGUGAAAAAUUAAAAACACUUCACACUACACAACAGGUCAGUCGUUAAAAAGUUUAAGGUGUUGUACAACAAACAUGUGCUGCUCCCUGAUUUCACCACUCUCCCAUAUGGAUUCUGACAAUCUUUUUGGACAUAGGCUGUGUGCGAGACACAGAUGGUUUUGAUUUCAGAUUACAGCAUCCAUUUUCAUGUGUGAUAAGUGGCCCUUCAAACUCAGGAAAGUCAUAUUUUGUAAAAAUGAUGUUGCAAAAUGCUGUACGGUUGAUUUCUAAAAAAAACUGAAAAUAUUGUGUAUAUUUAUGAUUGUUGGCAACCAUUGUAUGACGAAUUGUUGAAAAUGUACAAAAUUAAAUUUGUUGAAGGACUACCACAGACUCUGAAUGAUGAUGAUUUGUCAACAAAACUAAUUUACUGAUCCUUGAUGACCUGAUGAAAGAGGCCAGCGGAAGCAAUGAGGUGGAGAAGGUGUUCACACUGUAUGUUCACCACAGAAAUCUUAGUGCUAUUUAUAUUGUAUAGAAUUUAUUUUGCCAGGGUAAAUCCAGCAGGACCAUCAGCUUAAACACAAAUUAUCUGAUGUUGUUUAAAAACCCCAGAGAUACCAAUCAGGUCAAUGAACUAGGAAGGCAAAUGUAUCCCAGGAACACAAAAUUUUUUAUGGAAUGCUAUCAAGAUGCAACCAACAAACCUUUCGGAUACCUGAUGAUUGAUUAUAAAACGAAAACACCCGAACACUAUCAGCUCAGAACAGAUUUACUUUCAACACAUCCUGUAGUAUACCUCCAGAAAAGAAGGUAGUGGAAAAAAAACUGUUGGACGGUGAAAAUUUCAGCUAGACUUUGUAGAAACAUGCCUCUUUUAAAAUUAUUAUUAAAAGCAACACCCAAACAGAGACGGGUUAUUUUACAGUCUGCCACAGAUGAGCUCAUUGUGACAUUGUGUGAAGUAGCUCUUAAUGUGCUCUACGGCAAUAUACCACUCACUUCACAACAAUACCAGAAGCUAAGGAGGAAAAGCGAGAUCAAAUUUGUUUCAGAUAAGAAGAUUGGGGUUAAAAGAAAAAGACGGCUGAUAAACCCCCCGCGAGUCUAUUCAACAGGUUGUGGAGAAUGAUUUGGACAUGACUAUAAGAAGUAUUUUGCACAGAUCUGAUUUGGACAAUUAUGAAAAGGCAAAACUGUACACAAAUACUUUACAGCGAUUUUUAACACUUGCUAGACAAGGGGAUAGGGAAACCAACACAUUAACAUUAACCCUUCCACAGCCUGACCACGUAGAAAAAGAAGACCCACCCGCGACGGUUGGUGUAAGUGUCCAGGAUGUUUUAGAUAAUGUUGUGGAUGACAUUUUGAAGAAUGUUCCACAGAGGAGUGAAAAAACGUUCGUUACAUUUUAGAUAAAAUGUCUAAAACUAAAGAUGUCACUUCUUGGGCUGAGUCUGGCGAGUUUGUGUUUAAAGGUAGAACAAUCCCUGGUUCACACAUGCUCGAUUUAGUUAAAGGUGUCACGGCUCCACAAAAGAUUGCUGAUGCACAGAGACCUGUUGGAUGGAACGAGUUUCUGGAGGCUUUUGCUACUUUAAACAUACCAUACUCAUUGGUACCAAAUCAUUAUGUCAGACAUGCAAUUAACUCUUUCAAAACCAAAUCGACACCGACUAUAACCAACUCAUCUAAGAAGAGUAAAAAACAGAGAGUACACCUGAGUUCACCAUCAACACAUUCAAAUUAUUCAGAUGGACAUGUAUUCAUUUCACCCACUCUUGACCAGAG